AUGUUGCCAUCUACAACAUACACCCGUCAUCUACUCCGUGGCGAGAUUACAUAUUCUGCUGCAAAAGAACUAGAAACCAAUGUGUUGACAUCGUUGGGCUAUUUGGACCAACAGAAUAAGUAUUUCGAGGAUUUGCUCCAGAAGAGCCAUGUUAUUGAAGCUGUGGUUGCACAUCAUCUCAACUUGGUUCCAACAAGCUGUCACGUUGCUGAUCCAAAUGAAUGGCUCUCUGGGACCUUCAAUGUUUGCAUCCCAAUCUAUGUUGGUAACAGCAAACAGGGUCCCAGUUUUCUACUUCGGUUUCCGAUGCCACACAGGGUGGGAGAGAAUGUGAACUUAGGGAACGCUGAUGAGAAAAUCCUCUGUGAAGUUGGUACCUAUACCUGGCUUCAGCACAACUGCCCAGAAGUCCCGAUCCCACAACUACAUGGAUACGGGUUAUCAACAGGCCAAAAGUUUACUGCUCUCAAAAACCUGCCUUUCUUGGCUCGUACCAUCGAAUUCUUCCGCUGCCACUUUUUAAGACUUCUUGGGUACCCAGUACCAUCCAAGUAUGUUGUUCACAACAGCAAGUUGAGCGAGCCAUUAGGAGUCGGGUAUCUCCUUAUUGAAUACAUCGAUGCGUCACGGGGCAAAAUGCUGUCUGAGUCAUGGGACCAAGGACGGCACAAUGCUCGAUUACGAAGAAACUUUUUCCGAAACUUGUCCAACAUCACGCUGGCUGUUACACGUACUCCUUUACCCAAAAUCGGUUCUUUCAUUGUGGACGAGAAAGGGUAUCUAAGACUAAGUAACAGGCCGCUUACCCUUGAAAUUCAGGAUCUUGAAAAUGAGCAUGUUCCUGUGGAUAUCCCGCGCGACUUUACGUAUUCCUCUGUAGACGCCUAUAUCAAUGACAUCCUCGCAUUCCAUGAAAGCCGCCUCCGUCAUCAACUUAAUGCGGUUAAUGAUGUUCAAGACGGUUUAUUCCAGAUGGCUGCUUUAACAGUGAUGAGAGCUGUUCGACACAUAUUCUUCCGCCCUGAUCUUCGCCGAGGCCCUUUUUUCAUGAGCUUUACGGAUCUCCAUCAAAGCAACAUCUUUGUCGAUGAUAACUGGAAUAUUACGUGCCUAGUUGACCUGGAAUGGGCCUGUUCUCGUCCAGCAGAAAUGAUUCAUCCGCCGUAUUGGCUGAGUAACCAAUCUGUUGAUGGGAUUGACCUUGGCGAAUACGAGAACCUUCAUGAGGAAUUCAUGCAGGCUUUCGCAGAGCAGAUACCAAGGUAUCCUCAAGGGUGGGAUAAAGGCACAUUCUGGUACGCCCUUGCACUUGAUAGUCCGACUGGACUUUUUCAAAUCUUUUACGACCACAUGCAACCACGGUUCUCAAAAGAUCAUAUAAACGAUGCAGCAUUUUUCCGUAUCACUAUGGAUUACUGGACAGUCAAUGCAGCCAAAUUCAUCCAGCAAAAAGUCAAAGACAAAGAAAAAUACGAUCGGCUAUUGCUCGAAGCUUUUACACAGCCUUCCAUGGACCAGAUGCCUGUGCACCCAUAA